CUGUUUCUCCUAAUAUCUAAUAACUGAACACUAUUUUGUUCGAUUUGACAGAUAAGUGAAACCAGUGAAACCAAGGUAAAACAGCGACGUAACACCACUACAUAACAUACAGUUACAUGCAUACAUACACUCAAUGAAAGAUAUUCCACUUUUUGGUGAGAUAUGAGUAUCGCACAGUUAUUCGCACACUUUCGUCUCGUGUGUAAUCGUGUGGUCAAGAGACAGUCGUCGAUAUUUAAUAAGCAACAAAAAAUGGGUGAACCUUCAGGUUUAACAAAUAGUGAAGUACAGGAACUUUGCAAGCAACCUGAUCCUGCAACAAAUGGAUACAUUAUGCAGCAAACAAUGUAUCGUAUUAAAGAUCCAAGGAAAUCAAUACCCUUUUAUACUGAAGUACUUGGUAUGCGUUUAUUACAGAAACUUGAUGUUCCUGAAAUGAAAUUCUCUUUGUAUUUUAUGGGAUAUGAAAAUGAAAAGGAUAUUCCAAGUGAUAGGAGAGAAUGUAUAGAAUGGACACUUAGCCGCAAAGCUACUAUAGAGCUUACUCAUAACUGGGGUACUGAAACAGAUCCUGACGCUCAAUACCAUAAUGGGAAUAGUGAACCAAGAGGAUUUGGUCACAUUGGACUUACAGUGCCUGAUGUUGAUAAAGCAUGUGAAAGAUUUGAGAAAUUAAAUGUAGAGUUUGUGAAGAAGCCUAACGAUGGUAAGAUGAGAGGAAUUGCCUUCAUUAAAGAUCCUGAUGGUUACUGGAUUGAAAUUCUAAAUCCAGUCAAUGUUGCGAAUUUAUUUAUGAAUCAUUAAUGUACUAUACAUUUUUUUUUUGAAUACUCUGCAAUGCAUAAAUUUUAUUACACACUCAAUAACAAGGGUUAAGAAUCAAACAAUAUAUAUGUACAUACGUGUAUAUGUAUGUAUGCACUUGCAUGUAUAUGUAUACAUGUAUAUUAAGAAUGUAAUUACUAAUAUGUAGGUAUGUACACUAUAUUUUUAGCACCUGUACAUUCUUGUAUUGCAUUGUUAUAUUUAUAUGUAUUUUCUGUACAAUGUAAUAUACAUGCUUCUUGAUGAAUAAAAUCAAAAUAUUUAUUUUUCAA